AUGAGUGAGGUUGACCAUAGCACGAACUCCAAGAGAUUGGUUUUCGUGACGGUUGGAACAACAAGUUUUGAUUCUCUGGUCAGAGCAGUGGACACUCAAGAAGUUAAAGAAGCCUUGUUUAGGAAAGGCUAUACCCACCUUCUCAUUCAAAUGGGACGUGGAACCUACAUCCCCACGAAGUCUGCUGGAGUAGAUGGAUCCAUGGACGUAGACUAUCUCACAUUUUCCUCAAGCAUAGCUGAGUACCUGAAAUCCGCGUCUCUUGUUAUCAGUCAUGCAGCGUCAAAAACUAUUGCAGGCUCUCUGCUGAUCUCCAAUGCUUUCCAUAGAGGUUGUGACCAUUUCUUGGUCCAUGUAACCAGUUUUUCUUCAAAUGUUUAG